AGGUUGGUUUGACCGUGUUUGAAUUGUUUGCAUGCUUUUUACGCACCACCGGGACCCAGGUCCAAUCCGGGUUAACUCCGUCCUCUCCCCCACACAGCCCCCCCCUCUCCCGUGUGGAAGCCAACCUUCCCCGCCUCCCCCCACCCCCCCUCGUUAGGCAAAUGGACGCGUUGAGUCGUGGCCGGGGCGUAUAAAUGGGACGGCGAGCCGAGCGCCUGUAAUGCUGCGCCGGGUGCGGCAGUCUCUCCGGCAGGUGCUGUUUCUGAUGGCCCGGAGACCUCGUCUACUCUGCGGGACUAUCGUGCUCGGCGUCCUGCUCUUACUGGCCGUCAGGUUCACGUGCAGUCGUGCUAAAGAUGUGGUGGCAGCAGCUCGGCCGCCGGUGCGGUUCUUCUCUGCCGAGGCCCCGGUGGUGGACCUCUACCUGGGCCAGCUGGACCAGGUGGAGCGUCUCCGGAGCGUGGCGGACGUGUCCCUCGUCUUCUUCUACGCGCCGUGGUGCGCUCACUCGAUGGCCGCGCGGCAGGAAGUGCAGCAGGUGGCGACGAGACUGGCCAAACAGGUGCAGUUUGUGGCCAUUAACUGCUGGUGGAAUCACGGGAAAUGCAGGAAGCAGAACCACUUCUAUCAGUACCCGACCAUCCAUCUGUUUUACAGGAGGUUCGGCCCGAUCGAGUACACGGGUCCCGUCGUGGCGCCGUACGUCGAGAGCUUCAUCCUCCGAGUCAUCACGCCGCUCACGUACCUCCCGUCGAGAGCCACGCUGGAGGAGUUCCUCUCCUACCACGAGCCGCGCGUGGUGGGCUUCUUCCAGUUCGACGCCUCCCCUCAGCCGCCGGGCUACAUCACGUAUCUGUCUUCCGCCCUGCAGGCCCUGAAACGCGAUUUCCGCGGCGUUGUGCGUUUCGGGGUCGUGACCAACAAACGGGUGGCGGAGGCCAUCUCGCUCCGAGACGACGAGGCGGUUUACCUCUACCGAAGAUUCAACUCGUCUUUGGUUUUCCCUCGACGGGAACGCAACUUCACAGCGGAGGCCAUCUGCAGCUGGGUGUUCGAACACCGCGAGACCGUCCUCCAGUGGCUGCAGCCGCCGGGGACCAAGUCCCGCCUCCUGGAGCGCGAGCUCACCAAAGGUCCGGCGCUGCUGCUGUUCCUGCCGCACGACCCACUCGAGUCCAAACCCAGCCCGGUGCUGCAGCAGUUUGCUGACAUCGCCGUGCGUUACCAUUCCUGUGACAGCGCUCCCCCCUCCGGCUCGGACGCGAGCUCCUCCUCCUCUUCCUCCUCCUCUUCCUCCUCCCGCUCGCGGUGCUGCCAGUCCGUCCUCCUCCCAGAGUUCAGUGCGAGCGUGUGCGAGAUGUGCCUCGCCUCCUCCUCCUCCUCCUCCUCCCGCUGCUCUUUCUCCUCGGCGGCUCAGGGCGGAGACGCGCUGCGGCCUUUCCUCCGACACUGCUGCCUCCGCCGGCUGCCCUCCGACGCGUCGGGCUGCAGCAGCCUCCUGACCGGCUACAGCCCGUUCAGUCAGUACAGCGCCUGCUGCCGGGGGAAAGCGGCGCCUCCACUCAACCAUUCGCAAGCCAAAGAGGAGCCGGCAGCUCCCCGCACGCCGCCUCCGUCCUCCACGCCGCCGCCCUCCGGCCUCACGGGGCUGCGGUGUCGGACCAACCGGACGCUCAGGUUUUACGUGCUGGACGCGGCUCUGAACUGGCCUCUGGCGGCGAGGCUCGGGGCGCCGGGCAACGGGACCGCUUCCCUUCGGCAGGACGGCGGCGGCGCCCGAGGCGACGGGUCGUUUGCCACCAUCGUGAACCUGGAGGACGAGGUUCACUACGUGCUCCGCCGCAGCCCGGCGGCCACGCUCACCGAGUCUCUGGAGGCCUUCAUCGGGAACUUCAGCGCUCCGUACAGCCUCUUGCAGAGACACCUGGUGGGAGAGGAAGACCGGAGAGGAGGAGGAGGGGAAGAGGAGGAGAACAAGCAGCGCUCUCGUCCACGCCUCCUCAUCACAGAACUGACCACUUCCUCCUUCCUGCCCUCCGUCAUGGACCUCCAAAAGGAUGUGCUGCUGUUCUACUACACUCAGUGGUGUGGAUUUUGCUCCGUUCUCAACCACGUCAUCAUCCAGCUGGCCAGAUUAUUAGAGGGAAACAGCACCAUCACUGUGGCCAGGGUGAAUGUCGCCCGUAAUGAUCUUCCCUGGGAGUUCAUGGUGGAUCGCGUUCCCGCUAUUCUUCUGUUCCCCAAAUACAGAAAACACUCGAGUGUGAAGUUUCCCGCCGACCUGCCCAUCACGUUACCCAACCUGCUUCACUUCAUCCUGCGGCACGCCGGCUCGGAGCAGCACGCCGGCCAGGCCGACGCUCCGGGACCCGGCGCCGAGUUCCUGGCGCUCCAGCGAGAGGUCCAGGCGCUGCGCGGCGCCCGCGAGCGCCUCGCCCAGCAGCUGGAGCAGAUGUGGCGCGACGACCGGCGGCUGACGUUCGCCGCCCUCGGCUCGGAGGCCCGGAGCGCCGAGCCGCGGCGGGAGCGGCAGCGCGUGGAAGAGCGCCACCGGGAGGCGGGCCGACGGCUCGGGGAGGCGGCGGCGCGGCUGCGGGAGCUGGCCGACGACGCCGGGGGCCCGCUGAGCGAGAACACGCUGCUCGGGGUCCUGCUGAGGGCGCUGAAGGACACAACGGAGGCCACGGGGCCCCCGGAGGAGCAAAGGGAGGAGGCGCAACCCAAAAGGAGCCACAUGGCCUCCUGACCACGAGAGCGAGGGAGAAAAGUGGGCAAGGAAAUGAAAGAAGGACUCUCAUGGAUGAGGAAAGAUUAUGAGAUUUGCCCGAAGGUAAAACCACAAGAGGCGAUAAGACGUCGGCUUUUCUCUGGAGGAUGAAAUGUCAGCUGUGAUCUGGACGAAUAAAUUAAAAAAACAACCUGAAGACUGCUGAGAGGUCAAAGGUCAGGAGGAAGGAGACGACGGCACCCCGAGGUGCCGUCACGGCGUUGGGCUCGUCCGCUCACAGGAACACACUCGCGUGGGAAGUCAGAGCCAACCGGGCAUUCAAAAAAAAAAAAAUUGUCGACGGGUGAAGACGCGACUCGAGUCAAAUGAUCUGCAGCCCCGAGUCAGCGUUAAUUCAAAUGAUUAGUCUCAAAAAAGAGGAAAAACAAGCAUUUGAUGGGUCUUUGAACGCCUCGUAGCUCACGAGGUAACAGCCGGAUCCUUUCCUCAUCACUGAUCCCACCGACAGUCGCGUUGUACUCGUCACUCUUUUUUUUAUUUAUUUUAUAAACACAUAAUUCCAUUUUUCAUUAUAUCUGAGGUUGUUUUUCUAUUCUUAAUUAAUUCCAGUUCCUUCUUCUUUGCCUUCCUGCUGAUCGGUGUGACACUUCCUGAAGUUUUUCACAUUAAAAGCCCGCUACCUUUAAAAAGAGUGAUGCCGCAGGACGUUUGAUUCACGGAAGCUUAAAUUAAAUAAGUAUAAUACAUUUUAUUUUCCUUUGGCGGAUUAAAAGUCCGUUCCUCAAAGCAAAAAACCAGAGGAUUGAGUUAUGAAGUUUAAAGAUGGAUGGAAGAUAACUCACAAUGCUUUUAUUCUAUUUCAGUUUUCUCUGUUCUGAAAGGGAAAGGUUGCCUCCUCUAACACAAUAUGUUGUUACGCUAGAACACCAUGUGAUUUAUUUAUUUAUUUAAGCCUUCAAUAGCCAUUAAUGAUAAUCUUGGACACUUAAUAUCCCACAAUGCCGUGCGGGAGGGACGAAAACGUUAGGAACACAAAGCACUACGAUUUAAAAAGUGUCAGUAUAAGAUGCCGAUUUACUCUUUACCCGAAUAUAAUUUUUCAAAUUACUUUAUCACACUAUGAUUCUCACAUCUUUGUAGUCAGGGUGGUAACCACGGUUACGCGUCUCCAACCAGGGGGUCUUAAGGGGAUGUUAAUUAUGGAUCGAUGCGUCCGAAAAGAUGAACACUGCUUUCUGUUUUUUCUAUCACUUUGUUGAACGAUAGAACACAUUGAUUAUUUUUUUUAGGUGGGGGGGUUGUGAAAGUGGGCGUAUGGUUUCCCUUUUUUAAAUAUUGUUUGGGAGAAAGUGGACGCCUGACUGGGAGUGAUGAGUGGCGGAAAAGUACAAAAUACUGAAAUCUAUCAGGACAUGUAAACGUGGCGUUAGAAAUAAAUGUCUCUCAGCCACCAAGGGAUCAAUAAACGAUAUUUAGCAAUAUUCCGCUGCCUCAUGCUGAGAGACGAUUUUUCCCAGAGUGCUUUGCUUCUGAAUCGACGUGCAGCGGUUUGAGGGCGACUAAUGAAGCCGAGAGCGUAUUUAAUACUGAAGACGUGGCACCUGCUCACCCACCUGGAGGUGAGCCUAGAGAGCGCUGCAUCAGCAAAGAUGUCUUUGUUUUUUUAAGGGACGUCGUUCUUUUUGUUCAACUGAUCUAUUUUUACAGGAAACCUCGUCACUAACAUGAUUUAUUUGUAACUCUAUUCAGGUAUUAUGAAUGAAAUGCUGCAGUUGUUUACAUGUGAAAGAUUGCACCUGUUUUUACUGAUUAAAAAAUCUUUCAAUCUA